AGUACACCUCAGAGCAUAGAGUUGGGAGAGAGCAAGAGAGACACUGAGAAAAUCAAGAGAGUUUCAUCAUAUCGAUCAUCGAUCAUUAAGAGGAAGAAAAAUAGAUAAAGAUGGUGAGAACUCCUUGCUGCGAUGAAAGGGGUAUGAAGAAAGGUACUUGGACACCGGAGGAAGAUAGGAAGCUCAUAGCUUAUGUUACUAGGUACGGCUGCUGGAAUUGGCGCCAACUCCCCAAGUUUGCUGGGCUUUCAAGGUGUGGGAAGAGUUGCAGACUGAGGUGGCUGAAUUACUUGAGGCCGAACAUCAAGAGAGGAAACUAUACUGCUGAAGAAGAGGAAAUAAUAAUCAGACUUCAUGCAAAGCUGGGGAACAAAUGGUCUGCAAUUGCGGCACAGCUUCAGGGAAGAACUGACAAUGAGGUUAAGAAUCACUGGCACACAAACCUCAAAAAACGCUUAAUGAUGAACAAGCACAAGUCCUCCUCAGUUUCAAUCACACUUGAUGAUGAUCAUGAUGAUCAUGAUGAAGAAAUAGAAGUGCCGAAAUCGUCGGAUCAGCAAAAGACUACUGCUGCUGCUAAUUCCGCAAAUGCAGAAACUACUGUUGAUCAAAUCCCUGAAUUUGAUUAUCUUGAUUACCCUGAACUGUGGUCACCACAACCAUCAUCGAGUGAGGUCUCGUCCAUGACCAGCGAUACUGCAGUUGCAAUUACUGCCGCAGAUUAUUUGGUUGUCGAGGACAAUGCUACUUCAACUGCCAUGGAAUCCUUUUAUGGAGAUUUCAGCGAUAAUUUCUGGACAGAGCCAUUUCUGGCAGAUAAUUCCUACAACCCAACUGGUUUUUAUACCCCCUUUAUGGAGCCUGAGUUUUUGUUUCCAUCAUUUGGUGGAGAUUUCUUGUACGGAGCAACAUGAUCAGGGGUUUAUCUGAAGAUCAAUUUUAUAUAUGCUUUUGAAGUAUUGAUAUGGAAGCGCCUGAUUCCUCAAAAGAAUAAAUAAAAUUGAAAAUGUUUUAGUGUAGAAUAUUUUCCUCAUAUAACGUUUUUGUUUUGAUAAGAUAUCUUCUCCGUUUUCUUCCUCAUACUGUUCUAUGAUGUUUUCUACCUUUCUGCAACAUGUUAAUUAAGGGCUUAAAUGCUUAAUUAACCUAGCUGCCGUUUUUUCUUUUUCUUUUUCUGCCUCUUCACAAUUAAUUUGCAUGAUCUGCAAUUACUCACAGCUAUAAGCGCUUGUUUGGUGAUCUGCUUGCUAUGGUUGUAUUUGAUUUAUUUUUGCUUUAAUUACCUGUUGAAUUUGUUCAAUAGCGGAAAAAAUGUGGCACGAGAGACAUCUAUUGUUGAAU